UUCCUCUCGUUAUAAACCCUUGUAAACAUUAAUCAAAAAGCAUUUGAACUCUCCAGUCUCCACCGCCAAGAGUUUGUGGUAAUAAAUUUUUCAGAGCUAUUACUAUUAUUAUCAUCUUUGGGAGCAAGCUUCAUAGCUUCUUCUUUUCCCUAGGGUUUUGGUUGAUUUGAUUGAGAGUUUGAUUAUUGAAUAAGAAAGAAGAGAAUGGGGAAGAAUGAGAAGACAGGGCUAGGCAGAGCUCUAGUGAAGCACCAUAACCAAAUGAUUCAGCAGUCCAAAGAGAAGGGCAACUACUACAGGAACCAGAAUAAGAAGGUUCUGGAAUCCGUUACCGAUAUCAGCGACAUAGACGCCAUCAUUCAACACAACGAGGAGGCCCAGGCCUACCCGGUUCCUAUUGAGCCUAUUAAUUUAGAUGCGGGGUCUAGUAGUGGUAGAAGCGAGAUGAUGACGGCCGAGGAGAGGAAGGAAGAGGAGGCAUUACAUGCCAGCAGUUUAAGAGUGCCACGUAGGCCGCCUUGGAAUGCGGGAAUGUCUGUAGAAGAGCUUGAUGAUAAUGAAAGACAAGCUUUUUUGGUUUGGCGGCGAAGUCUUGCGAGGCUGGAGGAAAAUGAAAAGCUUGUUCUUACUCCAUUUGAGAAAAACCUUGAUAUUUGGAGACAACUUUGGCGGGUGCUUGAGCGAAGUGAUUUGCUUGUGAUGGUAGUUGAUGCACGAGAUCCACUGUUUUACCGCUGCCCUGAUCUUGAGGCAUAUGCACGAGAGAUUGAUGCAUUUAAGAGGACAUUGCUUCUUGUGAACAAGGCGGACCUUUUACCAUUUUCUGUAAGGGAAAAAUGGGCAAAGUAUUUUCGAGAUCAUGAGAUCCUUUUUGUAUUCUGGUCAGCUAAAGCUGCUUCUGCAGCUCUGGAGGGAAAAACACUCAGUGGCCCAUGGAGGACGCAGGAUACCCACCAAAAGGUGGAUGACCCUGAUACAAAAAUAUAUGGCAGGGAAGAGCUUUUGGCCCAUUUACAGUCUGAAGCGGAAGAGAUAGUCAAAAUGAGAAGGAAAUCAGGGUGCAGUAGUACAGCAACAUCUAACGCUCAAUCUCUCAGUGGAAAUUCAGCACUAAAGAGUGUAGUGGGAUUUGUUGGGUAUCCUAAUGUAGGGAAAAGCUCAACUAUCAAUGCUUUGGUCGGCCAGAAACGGACAGGUGUCACCUCUACCCCAGGGAAAACAAAGCAUUUCCAGACAUUGAUAAUUUCUGAUGAGCUGACGCUAUGUGACUGCCCUGGAUUGGUGUUCCCUUCCUUCUCAAGCUCAAGAUAUGAUAUGAUUGCAUCAGGGGUGCUGCCCAUUGAUCGGAUGACUGAGCACAGAAAGGCUGUGCAGGUUGUGGCCAACCAAGUCCCAAGGCAUGUCAUUGAGAAUGUGUAUAAAAUAAAUUUGCCGAAGCCAAAGCCAUAUGAACCACAGUCUCGGCCUCCCCUGGCCAUAGAACUUUUGAGGACUUAUUGUGCUUCACGUGGGUAUGUUGCCUCGAGUGGACUGCCCGAUGAAACAAGGGCAGCUCGCCAAAUUUUGAAGGAUUUUCUUCAUGGAAAGCUGCCCCACUAUCAAAUGCCCCCCGGAAUGUCUUGUGAGGAAAAUGAUAUUGAAGAUACUCAAGGACCCAGCUUGUCUGAAAUACAGGAGUCAGAUGAAUCUGAUAUUGAAGAUUCUCCAGGAAAUGACGGUGACAUUGAAAGUGCACCUGUUCUCGAGCAUGUGCUGGAUCAUCUUAACUCAUUUGACUUGGCAAAUGGGCUUGCUUCAAAGAAGGCUGCUGUUAAGAAGCCUGCAUCCCAUAAACACCACAAGAAGCCUCAAAAGAAAAAAGAUCGUUCAUGGAGGGUUGGAAAUGAUGAUGACGAUGGAAUGCCAGUUUUAAGAGUUUUCCAGAAGCCAGCAAAUACAGGUCCUGUAAAGGGUGGAUGAAACUCAAAUUCAGUAUCAAUGAUAAAACUUAUGCCUUCUCUUGUUUGAGUGUGCUCCACUCUCCAGGUGCUUUUUUAUGACUCCGCAAAUUGGGUACUUGGCCAUUUAUAUGCAAAUAUAUGUAGUUUCGGUUUCUUUAGAAAUAUAUGCAAAUAGCUCAAGCAUUAAUGCAGUAGAAGUGCAGUGAUCUGUUUGGAAGAUCAUUUAAGGGGUGUGUAUGUUGUUAAUUGCUGAAUAUAAACACAUAAAUUAGUCCAUGUGCUAUUGAUUUAGUCGGUCUCCAUUAAGUUGGUGGACGAUUUUCUUGUUA